AUGGAGUCAAGCUCUUCGGGUACUGUGGAUUUCAAACUAGCAAUGCCACCAAUGAAGGUGAACCCUUGUGAAGAUGUAGUUGGUGUUCCAUCAUCGGGAAACGACGAACAAGAUACAUCAGCACUUUUCAAUGUUCAACUUAUCGAAACAGAAGCAUAUGCAAACGAGUUUGCCGAUCUCAGAUCUUUUUGCAACUUAGCCGAGAUUAGUUUUCUUAACUCACUAAAAUCGCUUGAUACGGCUUGGAAAGCUAAGGGUGGGAAGAGUGGUGCCAGUUUUGCUAAAACUCGUGACAAUAGGUUUAUCUUAAAGGAGAUUAGUGCGAUGGAGUAUAACUCCUUUGUGGAUAACAUUGCUCCCAAAUACUUUGACUACAUAAAGUCUACAAAUGAGACUUGUCUUGCGAAAAUCUUUGGGUUCUAUGAGGUGAGGGAUGAAUUAAGAAAACAAUACGUGCUAGUAAUGGAGAAUGUACUAUACGGCAAAGACAUAGAAGUUUUGUAUGACUUGAAAGGAAAGUUGGAGAGGAAUCUCAACCUUAGUGAUGCAACUCAUGUUCGAAUCGAAGAAGAGUUCAUGGAGGAUGUCAAGAACGAAGCUCUAUACAUAAGUCAACCUUCUAAGGAAACCCUACAAGCUGCCGUAAACAGAGAUGCAAAUUUCCUAAAAGAGGUCAAUAUUAUGGAUUACUCACUCUUAGUUGGAGUUGACAAAACGAACCAUGAACUUGUGUGUGGAAUAAUCGACUACUUAGUGCCUUAUAGCGCUUUAAAGAAGUUCGAGUGGUUUGCAAAAAGUUGCGUUAUGAGUCUUACUUGUAACAAUCAAGAGCCUACGGUCCUGCAUCCAAACGCUUACAUGAGGAGAUUCACAAAUUUUGUGGAGAGGGAGUUCAAAUGCAAUCAUGCGUAA